AUGAUUUUCUUCAUCCGGGAGAGGUUCACGUUCCGGCUCAUGCGGCACGAGCUGGGAGUGAGCUCAGCGACCUUCACCAACUGGUCGAGUUUCUGCCGGGAGGUGAUGGUUCACUGGGCUCUUGAUCGGCAGGGUAUGAUCGGCGGCCAAGGAAAGAUCGUCGAGAUAGACGAGAGCAAGUUCGGGCGCCGCAAGUACAACAUGGGCCGAGUGAUUGACGGGCAGUGGGUCUUCGGCGGUAUCUGCAGGGAGACGCGCGAUCUCUUCCUCGUCCCGGUGGAGGAUCGGACCAGCGACACUCUCCUUGCAGUUAUUAAGGAACGGAUCGCCCCGGGGUCGAUCAUCAUCUCCGAUUGCUGGAAGGCCUACAACUGCCUCUCUGACGAGGGGUUCGAGCACCUGACCGUCAACCACUCGUACCACUUUGUAGAUCCGGAUACGCAAGCUCAUACGAAAACGAUCGAGCAGCAGUGGAGGGAGGCCAAGAGGAAGGUACCGCUCUGUGGCCGCAGGAAGAAGCACUUCGCAGGGUACCUGGCUCGGUGCAUGUUCCUCAUGCACUACCAGGACCUGAAUGCCCUCAAAAUCCUGGGUCUUGCUCUUCGUCCAGGAGACUUCAAAGCCAUGGGCUUCACCUCACUGCUGAAUGCAUCGACAGCCGCCACCACAGAUUCCAGAGACUCAGAUAGAAUUACAACAUCUUCGACAAUUAUGUUUAAGAACCUAUUUUAG